CAAACCAAAUCCAAAAACAUCGUAAAAAGAUUGUAAAAGAUGGCUUCCAUUUUUCAUAAAAUUGCCGGCGUUUCUGGAGCUUUGGCCAUAGCAUUAGGAGCUUAUGGAGCGCAUGCUUCAUGGCUUAAUCAAGAUGAUGCCAAAAAAUUCAAAGAGUCCUUCAUGACUGGGAAUCUCUACCAUCAUUUAAAUAAUCUGGCAUUGUUAGCAGUCCCCUUUGCCAAACGACCAAACUUGGUUGGCAGUUUGAUUUGUGGUGGAAUUCUUCUGUUUUCAGGCAGCUGUUAUUUAGUUGGAUUCAGACACGACAAGUCGUUUGGAAAACUGGCUCCAGUGGGAGGGUAUCUUCUUAUGGCUGGUUGGCUAGCAUUUGCGUUUUAACUUGGGACAUAUCAUGGAAAUGAUUGUAUGGUAGUUAUUUCACUCUCACUUAGGUUUAAACAAUUCUUAAAAGUGAUUAAUACCAAAGUAACAUACAGCGUGAGGACAUUGCACUUGGCAAGAGCAGCAGAAUGAUGAGGAAGAAAAACAUAAAACAUAAAAGGCCAUUAGAACUGGCAGAUAUUCUCUACUAAACCACAAAUUCUAAUAGCUUACGUUGUACUCUGGACCAAAGCUUCUGUGGACAACUAGCUUGCGAAGAAAUAUUUAUUCAUUUGGAAACCCACUGAAACACAUCCCAACUGUUCGCAAUAUAUUAAAGUAAAUCAAGAAUACAUGUAGAACUGAAAAUCAAUAAUUAAAAUUAAUAUUAAUAUUUCCAUAAACCCGAACAUUUUGUUGCGUAGCUUUCUUUCGUGUUUCUGUUUGAGUGCAACUUUGUAUCAUGCACUCCUUUUGUUUGACAUUAUUUCUGAAUGUUAUUAAUACCAAUUCAUUACGAAUUUGUUAAGUAAAGAAAAAGAAAAACAAAGAAAGAAAAACUAAGCUAAAAGUAAUAACAUUAGUAGAUACAGAACUUUUGUAAAGUUCCUUCUCGUAACGUUUUUCCUUUGAUUUAGUAUAACAUCUGUAUUUAAGCAAUAGAGCAUUUUUCCUGUGUUUACAUAGCCCCUUCUAAACACGAGGCGGGUUGGGAGAAUUCGACUACGUCUCGGGUUUGCCUAACUAUUCCAAUAUGAAACAAUGAGCCGUCAAGUUCGACUUGUCAGUUCUUUUCCCAGUGGCAUCGAAAAUUCACCGACGACCUAGAAGGAAAAUCAGCGCGGAAGCACGCAUGUGGGAUGACUUUUCCGUUUUCGAAGACAACGUGUUCUUCGAAAAAAAGUGCUUCUCGCCGGUUUCGGUUUCUUAAAAACGUCGGGACAGUUCCUCAAGUUUUCCGAAACUUUCUUUUCGUCGCGUUAGAGGUUAUGUCAUUUUCUUGGUCUAUACCCUCAUCGACCACAGAAGUUGGGAAAUCAGCGCGCUGAUGUAUUCCUUUAGUAUUGAAAAAAAAAAAAAAAA